AUGGCUUUCGUAUACAAGCUUCUAACAUCGAUAGCAUUAGCCACAAUAGUGUUGGCAAAUAAAGCUCCAGGAGGUUAUUCAUACAGUCGCUUCAGUGGACCCGUCAGUGGUCAAAUCGUUGAAGUGCAAGUACCAGCUGCUGAAGGUAUUCCAGCACAGCAACAUGCAGACUACGGAUAUGAUCACAAAACUGGACAAAUACAUCCAGACACAGCUCAAUACGCACAUCUGAAGACUGUUGACUAUGUUGCCAAACCAGACUACGCUUACUCAUAUGGUGUUGAAGAUCCCCACACCGGUAAUCUACAGAACCAUAAAGAACAUCGCGAUGGAGACGUCGUCCAGGGCGAAUAUUCGCUCGUUGAACCCGAUGGCUCCAUCCGUCUUGUGAGAUAUACUGCCGACCCCAAGAAUGGUUUCCAAGCUACGGUGCAUAAGAAAUCAGGCGGUCAACCACAAAAGCUAGUUCAUUACGGCCAUCCAAAGCAAGUAGAAGACGACUCCAGAGAAUACUAG